AUGUCUCAAAAUACAGACCUAGCCUACGAGACUCACUUUGCUGGUCCUCUCUGGCUUCGCGAAGGAGUUGGCGCCUUGUAUGCCAAAGGUGAAGUCCACACUGGACCAUUCUCUGAGCCGCUUCUUCGCAAGGCAGGUCUUGAUAAGAUCCCUCCAAAGGACCAAGUAGACAUCUUGGAUCUGUGUUGCGGAACUGGAAUCACGACUGCCACAUUGCACAAGCUUUUCAAGGAGCAGGGAAUACAAGACAAUGUGAAUUUGACGUGCGGGGACCUGUCCGCUGGGCAACUCCAGUUCUUGGGCCGGAGGAUCCAAGAGAAUCAAUGGAAGAAUACCAAGAUUACGAAGAUGGAUGCUCAGAAAACUGGUCUGCCAGAUGACUCAUUCGAUUACAUCACUUGCGUCUUUGGGCUCAUGGUUAUUCCAGAUUCUCAGGCGGCUUUGGAGGAAUGCUACCGUAUGGUCAAACCGGGAGGUACUGUCGCCUUGACGGUCUGGCACAAGGAGCUGUGGAGCGACGAAGUUCGCGAUGCCCUUUGUCAACUCCCUGGGUACCCCAAUUGGCCAGAAUCCUCGGAUGAGCUGAUCAACGCCUGGGCUCAAGGGCCCUGGUCCAACCUUCAUUACGUCCGCUCAAUGCUGCACCGCCGAGGCUUUGUCGAUAUUGAACUGCAAACGAAGAGUAUCAUGAUUGAAUUUAACGAUGCAGAGGACUUUUAUGAGGUAUAUGACGCCUUCAUUGAGUGGGUUACAGACAGGUACUGGACAGAGGAGGAGAAGAAGAUUUGUCGGCCGUUGGUUCGAGCGGCCAUUAUUCGCUUCCUGGAUGGCAAGUAUGGAAAGGGAAAGCCGUUUGCCAUCGAAAAGGUUGGGAUCAUGGCUACGGCAAAGGCCCCUCUGUCGUAG